UUUUUUUUCCUUUUUAACUUUUUCCUAUUGUGAGAAGCCAAGAACUGGUCAGCACUCAGCAUAUUUGAGUCUUUUGUUAGGAUUUCAAUAUCUUUUGAGGGAACAAACAUUUUUGGGGUUUGCACUUUUUUUUGUUAAGUGGGAUAUUUAUGUGAUUUCCAGCUUUGCUUUGCACAGUGUUUGGUGCUUGCUAACUUCUGUUUUUUUAUUAUUUGGAAGGUCAAGAAAAAAGCAUGUGAUCUGAAAUCAAAGUUUAGCUCUUUUUUUCAGUCUUUGAAUGUCAUAUUUACUUGAUUUUAUCAGUUGGGUCUGAGUUAUUUUUUUUUUCUUUUUUUGCUUUUCUUCUUCUUGGGGUUCUUGAAAAAGUUGGAUUUUUUAUUUUUUGGAAAUUUGUGUAUUUCCUUUUUUGGGUUAUUUAGGGAAGUGGGGUUUGAUUAUUUGUUUGAUUUAAGGGUUUUUGGGUGAUUUUAAGGUAUAGGUUAGUGUAAAGUUGACAUUUUUAGGGGUUGAGGAGGUGGAUGAGGUGAUUUAAGGAACUGGGGUUUUGGUUCUUUGUUUGAUUUUAGUGUUUUUUUGGUGAUUUUAAGAUACAGGUUAGAAAAAAGUUGACAUUUUUAGGGGUUGAUGAAGGUGGGUGGGAGGGUAAAGUUGGGUUCUUGGUGGGGUUUUCAUGAUAUUUGAGUUUGAUUUUAGGGAUAUUGCAAAAUAUGGGAUUAAGUGGUGAUGGUGUAGUAAAGGGGGAGUCUUGGGAUGUAGAGAAAUCAUCAAAGGGGAAGAAGAAGGAAAAGGAGAAGAAAGAAGUUGUUGCUGAUGAGGAGACUACUGGAUGUUGGACUAAGUUGUGGUUUAUUGGUAGCUGUAUUUCUUCGAGAUCUAAAGUUGAUAGUUCCAUCAGUGGUAUCAGUACUCACUGUGAAAGUAAAUCUACAAAUGACACAAGCAAAGACCAACCCGUUGCUCCAAUUAUCUCAUCUACAACUACUAGUAAUGCGGAAAGUAAUUCAUCCAUGUCCAAACUUGAAGAAGAACUAAAAGUUUCUUCUCGGCUUCGAAAGUUCGCAUUCAACGAUUUGAAAAUGGCAACAAGAAACUUCAGACCAGAGUCCCUUCUUGGUGAAGGGGGUUUUGGUUGUGUCUUCAAAGGGUGGAUCGAAGAGAAUGGGACAGCGCCUGUUAAACCAGGGACAGGGCUUACUGUUGCUGUGAAAACUCUAAAUCAUGAUGGACUUCAGGGUCAUAAAGAAUGGCUGGCUGAAGUGAAUUUCCUGGGUGAUCUUGUUCAUCCUAAUUUGGUGAAACUGAUUGGUUACUGCAUUGAAGAUGAUCAGAGGUUGUUAGUGUAUGAAUUUAUGCCUCGAGGAAGCUUGGAAAACCAUCUGUUCAGGAGAUCAAUGCCUCUUCCUUGGUCUAUCCGCAUGAAGAUAGCUCUGGGUGCUGCAAAAGGUCUUGCUUUUCUUCAUGAGGAAGCAGAGAGACUAGUAAUAUACCGUGAUUUCAAAACAUCGAACAUUCUACUAGAUGCGGAUUACAAUGCCAAACUUUCUGAUUUUGGCCUUGCCAAAGAUGGUCCCGAGGGUGACAAGACACAUGUUUCCACUCGUGUCAUGGGAACAUAUGGUUAUGCAGCUCCUGAGUAUGUGAUGACAGGACAUCUAACGUCAAAGAGCGACGUCUACAGUUUUGGUGUAGUUCUACUUGAAAUGAUAACAGGUAGGAGAUCGAUGGACAAGAAUCGACCAAAUGGUGAACACAACCUUGUUGAAUGGGCACGACCUCAUCUUGGUGAAAGAAGAAGGUUUUACAGAUUGGUAGAUCCUAGACUUGAAGGCCAUUUUUCUAUAAAAGGUGCUCAGAAAGCGGCACAGCUGGCUGCUCGCUGCCUUAGCCGUGAUCCCAAAGUUAGGCCUAUGAUGAGUGAAGUGGUUGAAGCUUUGAAGCCUUUACCAAAUCUUAAAGACAUGGCCAGCUCAUCUUACUAUUUUCAGACAAUGCAAGCAGACCGAGUUGGAUCGAGUCCAAGUACUAAAAAUGGAGUUAGAACACAAGGAUCGUUCGGGAGGAAUGGACAACAACAUCCUAGAAGUCUUUCAAUUCCAAAUGGUUCGCAUGCUUCUCCAUAUCAUCAUCAGUUUCCUCAGAACUCACCAAAACCAAACGGCAAAACUUAGUAUUAUUGGAUUGGCAGUUAUCUGUUUCUACCAUUCUUUUCUUUUUCUCUCGAGCUAUGAAUAUAUUUUGUUGGCCCCUUCCCAUUUGUCGUUGGAUGAACUGGCAAAACGGAAAGGAGUGCACAAUUUAAUUAAGUUGUGAUCUUUGAAAAUGCUGAACUCCCAGUUGAAAAGAAUGUAUUGUAAGCGGAGCUCAAGUUCAUGGAGUAAAUAUUUGUGUCCAUGUA